AUGAAAAAAAAUGAAAUUGUUGAAAAUGUUAAACGUAUUCUUGUUAAACAUCGUCCAGGAAAUUUUACCGAUUGUAUCAAAUGGUUACUUCAUAAUUUCCCACGUGGUCGUGUGAUAGAUAAUGGUAAAUUUUUUUGGAGUGGAAAUAGACGAUGUCCACAUCUAUUGAAAUUUGAUAUUAACAAUAAACUUCAUUUGGAUUUCAUUAUUGCUGCGUCCAAUUUAUUUGCACAUAUGUAUAAUAUCCCGCAAACAUGUGAUCGUCAAUUUAUUGCACAAGAAGUAGUAAAAGUACAAGUGCCUGAAUUUAAACCAAAGGAUAUUUUUACAGCAGAUAAUAAUAGUAACCAAUGUAGAGUUGAUGAUCAGCAACGAAUGAAUGUUCAAGAGAAAAACAAUUCGUCAAUUGAACAACUUCUUAAUCGAUUGCCUAAACUUGAUGAAAUAGUUGACAUUAAGAUUCAACCACAUGAAUUAAAAACAGAUGAUGAUACGAAUUUUCAUAUAGAUUAUAUAGUAGCAACAACUCUUUUACGAACUGAAAACUAUGAAAUACAAAUAACUGAUCGAAGUCAAAUCAAAAGAGUUGCUGAAAAUAUAAUUCCAGCUAUUGUAACAACAACAGCAAUGGUUACAGGUCUUGUUUGUCUUGAAGUUUAUAAAUUAAUUCAAGGUCAUAAGAAGAUUGAAUCAUAUCGAAAUGCAUGCCUUAAUUUGGCUUUGCCAUUCUUUGCAUUUUUUGAACCGGUACCAUCAAAAUGUCAAAAGUAUUUAGACAAGGAAUUCACUUUAUGGGAUAGAUUUGAAGUGAAAGGUGAUAUGACAUUGGAAGAAUUUAUAGAAUACUUUAAGUGUGAGCAUAAACUAGUACCAAACAUAAUUGCAGAAGGAUCGUCUAUGAUUUAUUGUGCACAUUUUAUACAUCAAACGAGUAAAAUACAAAAUAUGAAACAAAAAAUUUCUCAUAUAUAUGAAACGGUGAGCAAAAGAAGGAUACCACCACAUGUUCGUUAUCUUAUAUUAGAUAUGUACUGUGAUGACCUUGAAGGAAAUGAAGUUCAAGAUGUUCCUUAUGUCAAGUAUACAUUUGCAUGA